GACUUUCCCGAGACCCUUCCCAGCAACGAGUUAUUUCCGUCUCUGAGACGCAAGAAGGAAGUUAAAUUUCUUCCAUUUGAGAGGCGUCCUGUUUUCCAAGAGAAAGCUUUGCUGAUUGGAUGCAGAAAGUGUGGUGUGAAAAGCAAAACUUGGUAUAACUUUGAGGUAGGAAAGAACGCCAUUUGAUCCCCAUUUGCCUGAUCUGGAAGGCGAUAUUUAGACUUGAAUCCUCUUUAAUGUCAACUGACUCGUCAGUGGCAGUGAUUUCUUUUCUGUAUGUCUCUUUCGCGUUGGCCGAAAGUAUCAGGCUAAUUCUACUUAUUAUAACUUGUAGAUGCGGUAUGAGUGAGUAGCUCGAUAUAUCACAACAAUAAAACGUUUCUGUCGGUGAACCAUUUUGUCGAACGAGCACAGUUCUUUGUUCGUGUUCAUCGUAAUACUGAAGUAUUUUAUUCCAUAAUUUCCCUAUAUAGCUUAGAAUGAUCGAUAUUUCUCGGUCACCAAAGUCAGAUUUAAAACGAUUCUUUUGGUUCUGCAGAAAACGUUAUCUUGGUAAUUUUAUGUAUUUGUCUGUACCUGUUCAACAUAUUGUGACCCUUCAUCAAUUAAAUUUGAUCAUGUCGGAUAGUUUUAUACACUUAAAGCGUAAUUGGCUGGAUAAGAAAAAUUUCAAGCAGAUCAGUUUAAAUACGGCUGUGGCCGGAUAUCGAAAGAAGGAUCCAACAGAUCAGUGAAUGGGGUAAAAUCGACAUCGAAAAAUUACAUGUCAGAUGUAUCAACAAACGGAAAAAUGAUUAUACCAUGGAAGAGAGAAAGGAAUGCCGGCUCACGAUUCGUCUAGACCAUUCGUACAUACUGCGUUUUAGAGUGUCUGCGACCCAGGCUACUUAUGGGACCGUUGAUAGGCGAAAGCUCGUGUUUUAACGACCAUUUUUAACCACAAAAGUUAAAGGACACUCUCUAGAACAAUAAUUUAUAUACUUUCAAACAUGCUGUAGUGCUUAAGGACAAUAUUCUCUUGGCCGUUUUUGGAUAAAAGACAUUGUUAGUUUGUACCUUGUUCGUUUCCCAUUUCAGACCACCUAAACUGGUACCAUUGAGAACGUUCAUUCGUAUGCAUGAUUUAUGAAAAAUCAAAAAGCAAAUUAUCUUGAGGACAUCAUGUGCUUUAAAUGGAGAAAAUAAUAUUGUUCGAUUUUAACAUGGAAAAGUCUUUUUGUUCUUUAAAAACACCUAGGCUGCAUUACUUUAUAGAGAAGCUGAACCCGGUAGGGUUACCCAGUGGCUUUAGGGUGCGUGAUUUACCAUCUGGCCACCCGUUCGUUAUAUUUAAAUUAUAAAAUGACUCCGAGGCUUUCUGGUCACUUCUAAAUUUGGUUUGGUUCUCUUUGUGGUCAAGUCUCCUCUGGGAAUGGCGAGACAAUGGAGUCGUGAAAAAUUUGUCAUUUUUUCCCUUAAGCCUCUGAUUCAUGUUUGAAUUUUGAAAUAUCAAACGUGGGCUAUUUCCCCAUUCGUUACGCGGCCCAGGUCCCAGCCAAAUUUUGGUCUAAAUCCCAGUUACCAAAUCUGAAAUCCCAUUUUCAGAGCUCGUUUGCGAACUGAAGCACAUUACCAUAAUGAAGUAAAAGCGCCGAUUGAUGCCGUGGAUUGACGAUAAUUUCUGAUUCUGCUGGUAAACACUCUUUCUCUUCCAACCCUUGUUAGCAUAAACAUAUUAAAACCAAUCUUGUCUUCCUCAUUUUUGCACCUGGACCGUAAAACUCGUUAAUUCUCAUCUUGCCUAUAUAUUUAAAGCUUCUACAGCGACCCGUGCAAAGCACACAUGCACGCGCUUGGAGUACUUUAGAUGGCCACUGAUUGAACUCUUACUCUUAUUCACUUAGGGUGUUUUACCACAAAGCAACUCAGGCUUCCACCAUCGUCUACCAAUUUCACAUCGUCUGUUUCUUCGAAAAAAGGCGUUUCUCAUGCAUUAGAGGCAACUUGCUCCCUUUUUCUUUCUAAAGGUCUUUGUUUGCUUUUUGGGUGUUUUACCAAGUUAUUGGGUAUGUUGCCUGUGCAGGAGUGCCACAAAAGUUGGAGUCUGAGUUUGCCGGGGAACGCAAUGAACUCUGACUAAAGACGACGUUUAUUGUUCCCUUUUUUAGGGGAGGGGGCGUCUGUGCACAGGCUAGAUCACUCGGAUGACCAAGGAACGCGAUUCACUUCUUCUAGGCAUUUCCAUAUGUUCCUCAAUGGCCCGCGAUACGAACAGCGCUUUAUUGGGAGUUACCGGGUUCAACGAAGUCCACAUAAAACAUUUCUACUGCAUGAUCCCCGAACCCCCUCUUCGCGGCGGAAUCCUCAGUUCCAUGCCCGCAUUUGAAUUCUGUCUUACGCAAACGUGCCCAUGUUAUUUUCCUGACAACAAACUGCUGAACUGACCAGACCAGCUAACUGUGUUGCGGCUCGGGGCAUGAGACACAAAGGCAAAAAAUAAGACUGACAUGAUUCUAUGUGUUUACUGAGGUCUACUGGUACAGAAUAUUAUUUCUUUUAUCUCAAAGAAUAGGCACAUGUGAGCAAUCGUGUCAAAUAAUAUAUUCGAAGACCAUCAAAGGAGAGAUAUCCCAUUCCCAAUUUAGAAAUUUUCUAUCCCUUUCCCAGUGGUUAAAUCCCAGCCCAAGUGCAGUCAAUCCCAUUUUCUCAGGACCCAGAUAGGCAAAUCCCAAUUCCCAUUUUACCCCUUUAGGACCCUCCCGUAAGAAUGGUGAUUUUGGCGCGAUUUCUGUGACGGAGCAAAUUUGAAGGUGCCCGAUCUCUAAAGUAGAGAGUCUCAAAUCGGAUAGCUGUUCUACUAUACCGGAUAGCUUUUCGCGUCGGCACGCCGGAAAAGCUAUCCAGCAUAAGAUGAACAUAGCCAUAAAAGGGCAAGAAUGUGUAUAACGCGAGACACUUAAAUGACAUAUAUAGCAACAAAUGGAAUAAAAGGACUGCCUUCAAGUUACGAUAAUAAACGCAAAACGCAGUAAAGUGCAAGAAAAGAAAGAAAUCACUUCCAGUAGUUAUUUAGAAAUUAUCUUUCGGUGAAGUAUAGUGGGUAGUAGGUUUUGAAAUAAUCAGAACGCGUCCGUUGUUUGAGUCACUGUUCUUUUAUUACAGGUCAAACUAGUACAUGGCCAGCCAGGUGCUUGCAUAUAUUUUGAAUAUUUUCGCACCAUGCUACCGAUAAAGUGGAUAAGAUGUGUCUUGUUUCCAACGUUACUGUUUAGCUCCCAACAGUAUCCAGGAGCGGAUGCGAGCGGAAACAGUAGUAAGACAAUAUUUAAGUGUUCAUGGUAUUUAGCGUUUUACCUCAGCGGAAGGGGAACCUAAUUGAAGUUGGAUAAAAUGUGAAAUAGUCCUUUUCAUCAUUUUUUGUAUGUUUUGUUUUCCCAUUUCAGUCCACCAGAGAAACGUUUCUUUCAAAAGUCGUUCUAUCUACGGACAUACGUCUUAGGCAAGCUUAGGCCCCGUUCACACGAAUCCUGAUAUUUUUGAAACAGCAUCGUUUUUAUUGGUUUAAGGUCCCGUCCACACGAACACAGGUUUAAAAAGGUAGUUUCACAAAUGUUUGAAAUACAUACUGAAUAACAUUUCUCAUAAUUUCUGUAAAAAAGAAGAUGGUAAGACGAGUUUUAAUACCAUAUGAAUAUUAAUUUCAUUUACUUAUCUGGAUUUCUGAAAAGAGGGCUUUAUGCUAUUCUGUAAUUUCUCCCUCUCCGUCUAGGCUUGUAGAUUUUUGUUAUUACUUUUUUGACGUAGUUUAGGAUUUGCUUGAAAUUCUCAUUUGCCAGACGUUUCACCACCACAGCUCCUCCUCACCGUCAACCCCUUGGUCAUUUUCGUCUUUUUUCUUCUACCCCUGUCCUUUUUAUUUUUCGAUAUUUUGUCUAAAACUAAAAAAAUGACUUGAUUUUUUUCCCCUGCAAGCUAAUUACAGAUGUUGUUGCAUUUAUGAAGACAAAGUGUACAACCUGGCUCCUCUACAAAAAGAUGGUCCGAGGUUUGUAAAACACUAACGGCAAUAACUUGAGGUAGCAUUCCAAUCGUUUUGAAAACUGAGUCAAAUCUGCACUGAAACGUAAACAUAGUCCAGCAAUAGGCUACUUACAGGGGAUAGGCCCCCGUAGCAUCCUGUCUGGUAUUUUGCGACUAAAUGUUCGAAAAAAAGUUGGAUUUCUAUUGCCCUCAGAUCUUGAUAUUCCUCUUAUCUCAUAGUUCUGAACAUACCCGUCACCCCUGCCGGUCACCUAUUUCUCUUCUAUUACAAAAAACCUCUGAAAAUAUUUCCCAAUGUCUGCUUUUGUUUUCUAGUGUCAAAUACUAACACUAUAACAGUAUUCCCAUAUGGAAUGAAUCCCUCAGCAAGGUGAAAAUGUCUGAAAACAAGGAAUUUUAGCCAAGUUAUGUGUUUCAAGCAGAGUAAGGCGUUAUAACCAGGGGUCAAUUUAACAAAAAUUUUAAACACGUGUAACUUACAAGUGUAGCUAUUGUUCUCAGACUCCAAAACAAUGGCUACAGUUGCAAAUUACACGUGUAAAAGUUUUAUUAAAUUGACCCCAGAUCCAAAAUUUAUUUAGGAGGAAAAAGGUCCGCCUUUCACCAAAAAAACACAACAACAAAUGUAUGAAUAAAUUCAAAAUGGCCGGUUUGAAUAUAAACAGUAGAAAAAAUAGUAUACAUAGAAGAAGAAGAAGUAUAACGUAAGCUUACUUCUCGUGAUUUAUUUGGUUUUCCCCCUUUCCGCUGUUCUACUGGCUCUUUUCUUCAUCUACAGUGAGAUAUACGAAACUAUCCACUCCAACUGUCCGAGAUGUUUUUCAAUUUUUCACAAAAAAAACUCUGCGAGAGAAACGUUUUAAUGUCAACGAAGCAACUCGAUUCCAAAGCGAGAACGCUGUUCUGGCAAGAAACUCAAACACCUGAUUAGUGGACGUAUAAAUUUUUUUUUUUCAUCUACUGAUUGGCUAAAACUCAUU